AUGUCGGAUCCUUCGUUGGAUGGUUCCCAAGCCACGCGCAAUGUUAAUGCCGAGUCUUUAUCACAAGACGAUCAAACACCGCAAAGCAGAAAUGACCUCCUUCCGAUGAAUUUCAGCCGCGAGACACGGCCUGCGAACAAGUAUGGGGUGAUGAAGCCACACCAGGUCACCAUGAUGACUAUCGGCGCAGCCAUUCAUACCGGUUUGAUGCUCCUUCCAGAACGCAGCUUGACAACAGGUACCGGACCAGUUCCCAUAAUUAUUGCUUAUACGUUUGUCGGCGUAGUGGUCUACCUGGUAUUGUGUGCGACUGGAGAAGUGGCAUCAUGGUCUCCAAUCCAGUCCACAGUGGCUGGCCAUGCGGUUCGAUUUUGUGAUCCUGCCUUGGGCUUUGCGAUUGGUUGGAUAUACUGGUUGAAAUACGUCGUCGUUGUCCCGAAUCAACUGACAGCUGCUGCAUCAUUGAUCUCGUUCUGGGCGGAUGGACUGCGCGUCAAUGUCGGGGUUUGGAUUACUGCGUUCUUGAUUAUCAUCAUUGGCGCGAAUUACUACGCAUCGCCGUUCUUCGGGACAUAUGAGGUCGUAUUGUCGUCCUUCAAAAUACUCAUGGUGCUGGGACUUGUGAUACUGUGCGCCGUUUUUGCGGAUGGGAGCAGCCCCGAAUCUUUGGAUUGGAAUGAUCCUAAUGUUCAUCAUAAAGGUGUCGACUGGCCUGAGUAUCUUCAUGCCUUUUGUGAUACUCUGCCGUCUGCAACGCUCGCCUACCUGGGCAGUGAAAUGAUUGGGAUGGCAAUCUUACAGACACAAGACCCUCGCAAGACCACUGCGCGUGCGAUCAGGUUGACCUCCUACCGGAUCGUGGUGCUCAACAUUGUGAGUAUCAUCGUCGUGGUAAUACUUGGCCUUCAUAAUUUGGUCAAGUCGAAGGAGAAUGGCAUCCAUACCUUGUCAGCUUUUGUCGUGGCGAUCCAAAUGGCGGGCAUUCCAGUGCUUCCACACAUCGUCAAUGCCUGCAUUCUGCUGUUUGCAUUGUCAUCUGCUACUUCUGGCCUCCACGUAGCGACUGGAACGUUGUACCGGAUGUCUCUCGAUAAAAAGGCCCCUGCUUGCCUGUCUUUUACAGAUAGGCGAGGGAUUCCUAUAUCUGGGUUGUGUCUGUCUUCCUGCUUGGCCACGUUGGCCUAUUUGAAUGUUUUUGCCGACUCCAAGUUCCUCUUUCGCUACUUCAUGAACCUCGUCACCAUGCUCAGUAUUCUGACCUGGGUCUCCAUUCUUGCUACGCAUCUUUCAUUUGAGCAGGCUCGAAGAGUGCAAAGAAUUCCGGAAGAGAUCUUGAUCUUCAAAGCCCCGCUGGGGCAGUUUGGAUCAUGGAUUGCGCUCGUCUCAUGCGUCAUGAUCAUUCUGUUCAGGACCCUUAGUGUCUUUGGUCAUUACAGCGGAGUUGACUACACGGCGUUUAUCACCUCGUAUCUGGGUCUUCCUCUCUACUUCUCGCUCAUCAUCGGAUACAAAGCCACCACUCGGUGUAGGAAAGUCGACCCCGCUGAGGCAGGUCUUUUCAAUAACGCAGCACCCAUUGACGCACCUGAUUCUAGGUCUUUGAGUGUGGGGGUUGAGAAGACGUUCGAUUGGCAUAAGCAGCGGGUGAAGCACUUUGUGAAACUCUGGGUGCUUUGA